GGGAACGAUGACGAUGAGGAGCUUGCAAAUGAACAUGCAGCGGCUAUUCAGGAAGGGCUUUCAGAAAAGAAUUCAUUGAUAACCGAUGAAGAUGAGGAGCUUACAAAAGAAUAUGUUACCGGGGAAGAGCUUGAACAACAGAAUUCAUUGGUAAGCAAUGAAGAUGAGGAGGAGCUUGCAAAAGAAUAUGUAAUAGUUACCGGGGAAGAGCUUGAAGAAGAGUAUUCAUUGAUAACUGACGAAGCGUGGAUAGAAAAUGGACAGUUGGAUAAAAAUGACGCUUAA